AUGGAUGGGAAGAACUUGGGCAGUGGGCAACUAGCUCAGCAAGCUAAGCCAGAUGCCUUGACAGACGAUCAGGGGGCAGCCCUGAAGCACACUGCAGAUUCUCACACCGGAAAUCCGACUUCAGUGAAUGGUCACAAUUCUGUAGAUAUGAACAUGGAAGCUGCGAUCUCAGCCGAUGAUGUCAUGCGAGCCGGUGGCUUUGGCGCCAAAGACGACAUCGGCAGCCUCCUACCGACGGCGAUGGACUCCACCGACUUCGAGGCCUCGCUGCGGGAUGCCCGCGACUUUGAAGGCGAGCAGGAGCAACCGGCGCGCCCUGGGCUGGGUUACAGGGCAUCGGAAGCUGACACGGGAAUCAAGCCGUCGGAGGCGCCACCGCCAUCCAUGUUUCUGUAG